GAAGCCGUAUUCGGGAUGACCUUCAAAAUUCUGUGCAUCUCCUGCAAGCGCCGCAGCGAGACCACCGCCGAGACCUUCACAGAGUGGACCUUCCGCCAGAAGGGCACGGAGGAGUUUGUCAAGAUCCUGCGCUAUGAGAACGAGGUGCUGCAGCUGGAGGAAGAUGAGCGUUUCGAGGGCCGCGUGGUGUGGAACGGCAGCCGGGGCACCAAGGACCUGCAGGACCUGUCCAUCUUCAUCACCAACGUCACCUACAACCACUCCGGCGACUAUGAGUGCCACGUCUACCGCCUGCUCUUCUUUGAGAACUAUGAGCACAACACCAGCGUCGUCAAAAAGAUCCACCUUGAGGUGGUGGACAAAGCCAACAGAGACAUGGCGUCCAUCGUGUCGGAGAUCAUGAUGUAUGUGCUCAUCGUGGUGUUGACCAUAUGGCUCGUGGCAGAGAUGGUUUACUGCUACAAGAAGGUCGCCGCGGCCACGGAGGCCGCUGCACAAGAGAAUGCGUCGGAAUACCUGGCCAUCACCUCAGAAAGCAAAGAGAACUGUACCGGUGUCCAGGUGGCCGAAUAGCCCCGGUAAGGCCCUGGGCUCCACCUCAAGGAAGAGCCAGCCCUAAUGGGGAACAUCUGGGCACAGCCUGCCCCCAGGGCGCGUUGGCCAUCCCUGGGCCUCCAUGAGCCUCAGAG